CGUCGUCGUUUGGCUCGGAAAGAUGGUUUAUCACUCCAAUUUCGUCAACGCUGAAGGAAUUACUAAAGCUUGUGGAUGCCCUCUAUUGCCGUUGAAAAGCCACAUAAAGGGACCUGCCCCAGUUUCAAAGCAAGAUAGAACGGAUAUUGUUGAUGAAGCGAUUUCAUUCUUUCGCGCUAAUGUUUUCUUUAGGAACUUUGAUGUUAAGAGCUCGACCGAUAAGCUCCUCAUUUAUUUGACAUUUUGUAUCAAUGUGGCUUUGAAGCGGCUGGAGGGUUGCAGAACUUUGGCUGAAGGAACCAAGGCCAUUAUUAAUUUGGGACUACAAAAAGUUCUUGUUACUGGAGAGCCGAGUUUCCCUUUCCCAGGACUUUUCCCUCUUCCUCAGUCCCAGCAGGAAGCAGACGUGUUGUUGGAAACAAGAAAUUUUCAAGGGGAUUUCGAGAAGCGGUUCAACAUCCCCUACAUCACUGAUGUUUUCCCUGACUUUGAUCCCAUUCCUUCCACCUUCUGCUUAAGGAUGAGGACUCCAGUAAUCGAAGACUUUGCAGGGUGA